CUUCACCCCAAACCUCCAGGCAUCCGUCUCCAAACAUCGCCCCAUCACCAUGAACAUUCAUUGCUAAAUCCUUCCAUCCAUCGAUACAUAGUGCGUCUCCUACAGACAUUCUAAACCCUCUCUGUCUCUUGUCUUGCGCAUCUUCGCUCCCCUUCGAGCGCAGCCUGGACACUGAACCUCUACGAUCCCCAACCUCCCCCACCGACUGCCCACCAUCCUGGCUCGAUUAAAGGGAAUCGUUCUUCUCUCUGCCAUUUUCCUCUUCGCUCUCACCUCCCUCCUCAUCGUGGCUCCCUUUCGCGCACCGGCCCGCCUAGGUGCAAUCCUAAAUUCGAUCCGGCCUUUCAGUCCUGCCACCACUUCGACCAAUCCAUUCCGCCCAGUCACCACGUCCGCCAUGGUCUCUGGCAAGUUUCGCAAGCCUCCCCAGGCUCCACCGAGCUUUACAGCAACCCCCGAGUCCGUAAUCAGUGACACCAAGAAGUUGUUGGCAGAUUCUAAGAAAAUCACCGACGACAUUGUCGCCCAAAUUGCGGAAAAGGACGCUUCCUUCAAGAAUGUCCUCCUCCCCAUGGCCCAUGACGAGAAUCUACAAACCCUGUCUGCUCAUAUCCUCGGCUUCUAUCAGUCUGUCUCAACUGACCAGAAUCUACGGGAUGCCUCGACGGAAGCAGAGAAGCUUAUGGACGAUUUCAGCAUUGAGGCUGCCAUGCGCGAGGACGUUUUCAAGCUGGUUGAUGCAGCAUUGAAGCGAGGGGAAAAGCUGGAUCCUGAGUCUCAGAGACUUCUAGAAAAGGAACAUAAAGGCUAUGUGCGCAACGGUCUGAACAUUCCUGCAGGGCCGCAGCGGGACCGGUUCAAGGAGAUCAAGAAGAGACUUAGUCAGUUGGGAAUUGCUUUCUCCAAGAACUUGAAUGAAGAAAAUGGUGGACUAUGGUUCACUGCCGAGGAACUUGAUGGUGUCCCCAACGAUGUCAUUUCUCUCUUGAAAAAGGACGGUGACAAGUACUGGCUGACCUUCAAAUACCCCGACCUCUUCCCAGCUCUCAAAUAUGCCAAAAACAGCGAAACCCGGAAGAAGAUCUUCAUUGCCAAUGAGAACAAGUCCAACCAGAACGUCCCCUUGUUCCGAGAAGCCAUUCUUCUGAGAGACGAGGCUGCUCGCCUCCUCGGCUAUCCGAAUCAUGCUGCUUUCCGUAUCGAGGACAAGAUGGCAAAGACCCCCAAGACUGUCGAUGAUUUCUUGGGCGAUUUACGUGGCCGGCUGAGCCAGGGUGGACUUGAUGAAAUUGCCACCCUCAAACAGUUGAAAAAGGCUGACCUCGAAUCUCGAGGAGAGAAAUUUGAUGGAAACUACUACUUGUGGGAUCACCGCUUUUACGACAGAGUGAUGGAGGAGAGGGAUUACCAACUCGACCAGCAACUCAUAUCCGAGUACUUUCCGCUCCAAACCUCCAUCACGGGCAUGCUAGAGAUUUUUGAAACCAUCUUUGGUCUUCAGUUCGUCGAAGUUGUUGGAGAAGAUCGCGACAGCAUUUCUCCAUCCGGCAAGGGUGAUGACAUUGUGUGGCACGAGGAGGUCCAGGUGUUCAGCGUUUGGGAUGAUGAAAGUGAAGGCAGCGGCUUCAUCGGCUAUCUGUACCUCGAUCUCUUCCCUCGAAAUGGCAAAUACGGGCACGCCGCCAACUUCAAUCUGCAGCCAGGGUUCAUCCAAGAGAACGGAACUCGCAGAUACCCGGCCACGGCCUUGGUGUGCAAUUUCUCCAAACCAACGGCCAAAAAGCCUAGUUUGUUGAAACACGAUGAAGUGACAACCUUGUUUCACGAGUUGGGCCACGGCAUUCACGACCUCGUGUCUCGCACAACCUACUCGCGCUUCCACGGGACCAACACGGUGCGAGACUUUGUCGAAGCCCCCAGCCAGAUGCUGGAAAACUGGUGUUGGACCCCAUCUCAGCUGAAAUCUCUCAGCCGUCACUAUUCAACCCUGUCUCCCGAGUACUACGCAGCAUGGCAAGAGCAUGCUGGCGCCGAGGUUGCAAAGCCCGAGGAGCACAUUCCAGACGACUUGAUCGAGAAGCUGAUCAAGACCAAAAACCUCAACGGGGCACUGUUCAACCUCCGACAGCUCCACUUUGGUAUUUUUGACAUGACGAUCCACGAACCCAAGGACCACGCAAGCCUCGAAGCACUCAACAUCACCGAGACGUACAACGGGCUGCGCAAGGACAUCAGUAAAAUUGAUGGACCAGAGGUUCUCGGCGAGGGUAAUGGCUGGGGCAACGGACAGGCCACGUUUGGUCAUUUGAUGGGUGGCUAUGAUGCCGGUUAUUACGGCUAUUUGAGCUCUCAGGUCUACUCGACCGACAUGUUCUAUUCGGUUUUCAAAAAGGAUCCCAUGAAUCCCACCGAAGGUCGACGGUAUCGCCACAAGGUUCUCGAGAAGGGUGGCAGUCAGGAUGAGAUGACCACCUUGAUCGAUUUCCUUGGCCGUGAACCCAAGACGGAUGCAUUUUACGAAGAACUAGGCUUGACCAAAUAGGCAGAGAGUUCCUCAACCAUGCAGUCUGGGAGAAAGGCAUCGUUGGCAGCCUUGUAGCCGCCACAGAGUCGUGUUUAUCUUUGGCUUAGAACAUGAGACUUGAAAAGAUCUCCCAUAAGAGGCUCUCCUUGGUAUCAUUUGGCUGAACUGUACAAAAGAUAUACUACACCCGCUUGCGCGGCCUGAUUUAUAUUCUGAGCCUGUGUAGUCCCAUCUCGGUCACCGGGUACAGCAGCGCCCGGUAAAUCGUGUCACUACAUGUCUUUUCCAACUCCUGCGAAUCACUCAGAGGCCUAGCUUUUCAGCGCCUUCGCACCAUGGUGAAUCGACCAAAUUCAUCCUCCGUCGGAAUAUCCUUUGGACCUACGAACAGAGGACCUCGGAAGUUG